AUGACACCCAGGGACCACUCUACAGAAAAAUGCGUUGAGACCGAGAGCGACGACUAAUCUGAAGACACACUCCGUUCACGUUCUCUUGGUCCGUUGUUGAUAAAUACGUACAUUUGACGACAUGGCAGAUCUUGCGCACUUGGUUUUGCAGACUCUUGACAAGGGUCCGAUAUCUGACACCGCGGUCACUUUCCCCGAUGUCGAGACCGGCGUCGUUCAUGGUGCUUUGAACUCUUUGGCUGCUCGGUCAAUGGUGACAUACAAGCCAAUCGAUAUCGAAUUCUGGACCCUUACUCCUGAGGCUGAAGAGAUUGUCGAGAAGGGUAGUCAUGAGUUCCGACUUUUGGAGGAAGUCACAAAGAGCAUGGAGGGUCUUAAGCUUGCUGAUGUCACGAAAGUGCUUGGUGCUGCGGGAAAGCCUGGUCAAUCGCGAGCGUUCAAGAACGGAUGGAUCAAGAAGGACGGUGACAAGCUUGUUUCGAAUGUCUCCGCAUUGCCUGAGGAUACGACGGCAAAAGAUCUCAAGACUAUCAAGGAGACUGGUACUCUCGGUGAUGCGAAGGAAUUGGGCGAGCUCCGGAAACGGAAACUUAUCGAGAAGGGAAAGAAGUUGUCGUACUCGGUUGAGAAGGGACCUGAGUUUGCUUUGGAGAUCAAGAAGCUCGAAACCGAUCUGACUCCCGAGAUGAUUGCGAGUGGAUCAUGGAAGACGCAGACCUUCAAGCCUUACAACUUCGAUGCCGAGGGAGCAGUUACAGCGUCCGGCGCUCUUCACCCGCUAAACAAGGUCCGCGAGGAGUUCCGACAGAUUUUCUUCGCCAUGGGUUUCUCCGAGAUGCCCACCAACCAGUUUGUCGAGUCUGGCUUCUGGAAUUUCGAUACGCUCUUUGUGCCUCAGCAGCAUCCCGCUCGUGAUUUGCAAGAUACUUUCUACAUCAAAGAUCCCGUCAAGGCUGACGAGCCCGAGGAUAAGACUUACUGGGAGAACAUUCACAAGGUUCACGAGGAGGGUGCCUAUGGAUCGAUCGGAUACAGAUACCCAUGGAACGCUGAGGAAUCCCUGCGACUCGUUUUGCGAACACACACAACCGCUGUCUCGUCACGGAUGCUGCACAAACUUGCCGCCGACCCCAAGCCCGCGCGCUUCUUCUCUAUCGAUCGCGUUUUCCGAAACGAGGCCGUCGAUGCGACCCAUCUUGCCGAGUUCCACCAGAUCGAGGGUGUGAUUGCCGACUACGACCUGACCCUCGGCGAUCUCAUCGGCUUCAUGGACCGCUUUUUCACACGUAUGGGAGUCGACAAGCUCCGCUUCAAGCCGGCCUACAACCCGUACACCGAGCCCUCGAUGGAAAUCUUCGCGUGGCACGCCGGUCUCAACAAGUGGAUCGAGAUUGGAAACUCAGGCAUGUUCAGACCCGAGAUGUUGGAGUCCAUGGGCCUGCCCAAGGACCUGCGGGUGCACGGCUUCGGUCUGAGUCUGGAGAGACCUACGAUGAUUAAGUACAAGCUGUCCAACAUCAGAGAGCUUGUCGGACACAAGGUCAAUCUUGACUUCAUUGAGACGAACCCUGCGGUCCGUCUUGAUGAGACGCUUGUUUAAAUCGAACCGUAUGAUUAUGUGACAGAGAGUUGCUAGACAGUGGCUUCGCUGUGAUGUUUGAUUUAUUUAAUUAUACACUUCCAUUUUUUGUACCUCUUGUUAUUCAUGUUUUUGUGUCAUCUCCAGGUAGAUAGCUAAUUAUCAAUAUAUUAUAUACAUCAA